AUGCCUCCAAAAAAAGGAGGAACCGGUGCAAUUAAACAAAGGCAAGAUUUAUUUAAUUCACAACAAGGUCAAACAGCAGUAGCUGAUGUUGGAGGAACAAUGGCGAUGAGUCAUAGUCCAAGAACAAAGGCUUCUACACAAACAAAGGAUUCUACAGGAACAAAGGCAGGCUUAAA